CAAUUGCAACACCGUAUGUCAUAAUAUGCACAAAGUUUUGGUUUAAUUGCUUUUCAGCACCACUUCGGACAAAAGAUGCGUUUUGCACUAGGUAUCUCGUGCGCCUGUGAUCCAGCUAUUAAAAACAGUCAUUGAAGCCGACGCACAGAGCCAGCAUCCGCGUCCAGCCGGCAGAACUGCCCCAGGCACACCGGGACGAGCAGCCUUCUCACAGGGUGCUUCCCUCGCUGAAGCACUUCCACAGCAGUUCCACAGAGCUCGGCCCCGGCAGGCGGGCUCCGGCUGGCGGGGGCUGAGCGGAUUUGGGCUCGCUGAGGCCUAGCGAGCACACGAGGCCUCCGGCUGCCCCGGCUCCUUCCCCGGCAGCCCCGCACACGGCUCCGGGCGGGCCAGGGGAGCGGGGGCACACGGGAGGGCCCGGCGCCCGGGAUGCUCCGCAACCCAGGACGGGGGAGGCGGCCCCGCUCCGCAGCGCCCGGGGAAGACGGAGGACGAGGAGCCAGCGCCUCCGGUUUGGGAGGGACUCGCAAACUUUGCAGUGAAGCAUCCUGCAAAAAAAGAGAGGAUUAUUUGGAAUGGCCUGAAUAUUUUAUGGCAGUAGCUUUUCUGUCAGCACAAAGAAGCAAGGAUCCAAGCUCUCAGGUUGGUGCCUGCAUUGUAAAUUCAGAAAACAAGAUUGUUGGAAUUGGCUACAAUGGGAUGCCUAAUGGUUGCAGCGAUGAUGUACUACCCUGGACAAGAACAGGAGCAGAUAGACUAGACACAAAAUAUCCUUAUGUGUGCCAUGCCGAAUUGAAUGCCAUCAUGAACAAAAACUCAGCUGAUGUGAAAGGCUGCAGCAUGUAUGUUGCCUUAUUUCCCUGUAAUGAAUGUGCAAAGCUCAUCAUCCAGGCAGGCAUAAAGGAAGUUAUUUUCAUGUCCGACAAGUAUCAUGACACUACAGAAAUGACAGCUGCACGGCGGAUGUUUGAUUUGGCAGGUAUUAUAUAUAGGGAAUUCAAGCCAAAGUGUAACAAGAUCAUCAUCGACUUUGAUUCAAUUAACAGCAGACCAAGUCAAAAGCUUCUGUGAAUUAUGUCUCAUUAAGUCUUUAGAAGAGUGUGAUUAUCCUUUUCUAAAAAGCUGCUAAUGCCUUUCAUCUUAAAGUUACUUGCAACUUUUUAAUGGUUUCUGUAGCUAAAGUAGACGUAUAAGAAAUCCAAGGCAUAAAAUGUCCUGUUCACUUCAUCUUGUCAUGUGGAAUCUAAAUCUACUUGAAAAUUUUUUAUGCCUUUAUCAAAACUGCUUAAAAAGUGGAGACACAUAGAUGAAACAAUGUAAGUAAAGAAAACUGUUCUGAUUCUUCCUGUAUUCAUCACCACAUGCUCUGAUGGGCUGUCAGCACAGAUUUAGCCUCAGUUUAUCAGCACUACUUGUAACCAGUAGUACGGUGGAAUAUGCUAAUAGAUGUUGAUCUCUCUGUUGGAUAUGUGGGUCUUCACAGUUGACCCCAAUAAAGAACAAAAAAUGUUAUCCGUGCAAAUUCUAAUCUUCCAACUAGCAUAACACUAAUAUAUUUUAAAGGUUUUACAGCUUUAGGAAUGUGUGCCAUUCUGCUUGUUACCCAACAAAUGAAAUGCUGAUUUUUCUUUUAACUGCUAUCUGACAUUGCCAUACUUGGGGAGGGUUGAGAGAGGAAGCUGUUCUGAGAAUUGUCCAUGCCUGAGUGAGCUUUACAGGUGAUUUCAAAUCCUCAUUUUCCUCAAGACUCCACAAUUGAGGGGGCUUGAGGGAGUAAAUAAUUUGGUGCUUUACCUCUGGGACUUUUACUCUGAGUUUGUUUUCAUAUGUAAAAGAAAAUAAAUUUAUUGGUCUAAGCUGUUCCUAGAUAAUCCAACAUAGCUCAGUCUUAAACUCCACCUGUAAAGUAACUGAAUCAUUUUUUGUCCUUUGAGAGAAAUUGGAGGUAUUCAACCCAUGUCCAUAUCUUUGCCAAAAGAUGUAAUUAUGGUGUUAGCUUGUUUCCCAGUGCUGACAUAGUACCUCCAUUUUCAUAAAUGUUGCCUAAAAUAAUAUCCUUUUUAAUUUUAUCUUGAGAUCUGGGAAUAGAUUUGAGUUCAUUUUCUCUAAUUUGAUUUUUAAAAAUUAAGUAUGCCUAAUGGCUUUGUUUAGAUAACAUUGGUGGUUGUUUGUUUUGUUGGUUUUGGUUUUAUUUCGUUUUUUUUUUUUUUUUUAAUGUGGUUAUACUUCAAUGAGCUUUUAUUUUCUCUACAAAAGCUUUGUUUCAUAUUUUGGGACAUUAUGUAAUUUGGCUUCAUACCAGUAUUAUUAAAGUCUUAUUAAAAUCCA